AUGAAGCUGUCAGUGGCCCUUUCUACAAUUGUUGCGCUGCAGCCAGCAGCAGCCGCUGCUGUGCAGAAUCGUGCGUCCGAUGUGGCCGAGCUGGAGCGCUACUGGGCGUAUGGGCAUUCAGAGCCCGUCUAUCCAACCCCUGAGAUCCAGGGUUUGGGGGAUUGGGAAGAGGCCUUCACCAAAGCCCGGUCACUCGUCGCACAGAUGUCUAACAAGGAGAAGAAUAACAUCACAUACGGCUAUUCCUCUACAACUAACGGUUGCUCUGGGACUAGUGGAGGCGUCCCGCGAUUGGGGUUCCCUGGGAUCUGCCUCCAGGAUGCCGGAAAUGGUGUGAGAGGUACAGAUAUGGUCAACUCUUACGCAUCAGGAGUUCAUGUGGGAGCCUCAUGGAACCGCGACCUUACCUACAGCCGCGCCCAAUAUAUGGGCGCCGAGUUCAAGCGAAAGGGAGUCAACGUUGCACUUGGUCCAGUCGCUGGACCUAUAGGCCGCAUAGCGCGAGGCGGUCGCAACUGGGAAGGCUUUAGCAAUGAUCCCUAUCUGUCCGGGGCCUUGACUGGCGAUACCGUUCGCGGUAUGCAAGAAUCUGUGAUUUCCUGCGUGAAGCAUCUCAUUGGAAAUGAACAGGAAGCGCAUCGCUCGACGCCAUCAAUGCUGAAGAACAGUCGAAACCAAUCACUCUCCACCAACAUAGACGAUAAAACCAUGCAUGAGCUCUAUCUGUGGCCCUUCCAGGAUGCAGUCAAGGCCGGCGCCGGUUCUGUCAUGUGCAGUUACAAUCGGAUCAACAAUAGCUACGGUUGCCAGAAUAGCAAGACUAUGAAUGGCCUGCUCAAAGGCGAACUGGGCUUCCAAGGAUUUGUCGUCACCGAUUGGGGUGCUCAGCAUACUGGGAUUGCCAGUGCAGAGGCCGGGUUAGAUAUGGUAAUGCCUACAUCUUCGUACUGGGAGAAUGGCACCCUUGCCCUGGCUGUCAAAAACGAGUCUCUGUCUUCCACACGUCUUGACGAUAUGGCCACCCGCAUUGUCGCUACUUGGUAUAAAUAUGCGGAGAUUGCCAACCCCGGUCAUGGCCUACCAUACAGCCUUCUCGCUCCCCACAAUCUUACCGACGCCCGCGAUCCAAAGUCUAAGUCCACUAUCUUCCAAGGCGCAGUAGAAGGACACGUCUUGGUCAAGAAUACAAACAAUGCCCUCCCUCUUAAGAAACCUCAGUUCCUCUCACUCUUUGGAUAUGACGCCGUCGCUCCUGCUCAUAACACAAUGGAUGAUCUUGAUUGGAACAUGUGGUCUAUGGGCUAUGAUAAUACCCUAACAUAUCCUAAUGGCUCAGCCGUGGACCCAAUGAUGCUUAAGUAUAUCUUUCUCUCGAGUACAGACCCCAGGGCCUAUGGCCCCGGUGUUGCGCUCAACGGUACGACGAUUACUGGCGGUGGCUCGGGUGCCAGCACCGCAUCUUAUAUUGACGCACCCUUUAAUGCGUUCCAGCGCCAAGCAUAUGACGAUGAUACCUUCCUCGCCUGGGACUUUGCAUCUCAGAACCCCCUGGUGAACCCGGCCAGUGACGCCUGUGUGGUGUUUAUCAACGAGCAGUCCUCAGAGGGAUGGGAUCGACCGUAUUUGGCGGAUCCCUACUCUGACAAGUUGGUACAGAACGUUGCUGCACAAUGUAGCAACACCAUGGUCGUCAUCCAUAAUGCUGGUGUUCGUCUUGUUGACCGCUGGAUUGACAAUGACAACAUCACGGCCGUCAUCUACGCUCAUCUUCCCGGACAGGAUAGCGGCAGAGCCCUCGUGGAGGUCAUGUACGGCAAACAAUCCCCAUCUGGCCGUCUGCCUUACACUGUGGCCAAGCAAGAGUCCGACUACGGCAGUCUCCUCAGCCCGACCAUUCAAUCCGGUACCGACGAUAUUUACUACCCCCAGGAUAACUUCACCGAGGGUGUCUACAUUGACUACAAGGCAUUCGCAGCUGCCAAUAUCACCCCUCGGUACGAGUUCGGAUAUGGAUUGACUUACUCCACUUUCUCCUACUCUGACCUGAAGGUUUCCACAUCGUCAGACGUGAGCACUAGCUACCUAGCUCCAGGUACUGCUGUGGCAGAGGGCGGUCUUGCUUCCCUGUGGGAUAUCAUCGCUACUGUAACUUGCACUGUAUCGAAUACCGGGUCUGUGGCGGCGGCAGAAGUAGCCCAGCUCUAUGUUGGCAUCCCGGGUGGCCCAGCCAAGGUCCUGCGAGGAUUCGAGAAGAAGCUCAUUGAGCCUGGAGCACAGGUGCAGGUGACAUUCAACCUUACUCGUCGCGACCUCAGCACCUGGGAUACGGAGAAGCAGAAUUGGGGGCUACAGGCAGGGCCCUACGCUCUCUAUGUUGGAAAGAGUGUGCUAGACAUCCAGUUGACCGAAUCAUUGAGCCUAUAGCCUGAUGCGGCUCGAGAUUCAAUGCUCAAUAGCAGCAAUCAGAUACUCCAACGAGACUAUGUCAUAAUAUGAUUAAAUAGAAAUUUAGACAAGGCUUCAUCUGUUUCAACAUUGACCGUAUACUUGGGUAGGCAGAACGUAGUGUUCCACAGUGAGCGUCCAUACUAUAAUAUUAGAAAGCAUUAAUGGAUGAG